AUGAUGAUGAUGAGGUCAGAGUUCAUCACGCUGUGCUUCCUGUUUGGAGCCACAGCACACGCCCAGGCUGUCCCAGAAUGCAACAGUGAGUUCCCUUCCUACCAUGCACCGCUCUAGUUCUGACAUCAUACUGACAUCAUACUGACAUCAUACUCCAGUCUGCAGAAGCGUCCCAAAUGGCACCCUAUUCCCUAUAUAGUGCACUACUUUAGACCAGAGAAUGGCACCCUAUUCCCUAUAUAGUGCACUACUUUAGACCAGAGAAUGGCACCCUAUUCCCUAUAUAGUGCACUACUUUAGACCAGAGAAUGGCACCCUAUUCCAUAUAUAGAGCACUACUUUAGACCAGAGAAUGGCACCCUAUUCCAUAUAUAGUGCACUACUUUAGACCAGAGAAUGGCACCCUAUUCCAUAUAUAGAGCACUACUUUAGACCAGAGAGGACCCUAUUCCCUAUAAUGCAAUACUUAGACCCAAAAAGGGCCCCCAUUUCCAAAAUUUGAGCACUACUUUUGACAGGGGGUGGCACCCAUUCCAUUUUUAAGCACCUUUAGACCAAGAAUGGGAAACCCCUUUUCCCAUAUAGUGCACUACUUUGACAGAGAGGCACCCUAUUUCCCUAAUAGAGCACAUUUGACCAGAGAUGGCCCCUUUUCCAAAAAGGCACCUUUAGACCAGAAUGGCACCCAUUCCAUAAGGCCUACAUUAACCCCGAGAAUGGCACCCUAUUCCCAAUAGUGCAAAUUAGACCAGAGAAAGGCACCCUAUUCCCAUAAGUGCACUACUUUUAAACCAGAGAAUGGCACCCUUUCCCUAUAGGGGUAGACCUCUUUCACUUAAAGGAAGUAGACCUCUGUUACACUUAAAAGGAAAUAAUACUUGACGGGCCAUUUUUUAGAUUUUAAAUUUGGGUGUUUUUUGUGUUUAAAUUCAUGCUGUGUUUUGGGUUUCCCUCCCCUAAAGGGGGGGGGGGGGGGGGGGGGGUUUUUGGGGGGGGGGGGGGGGGGUUAAAAUUCAAAAGGGGGUUGUGGGGGUGGUGUUUGGGAACAUUUUAACGUGGUUGUGGGUGUGUGGGUGUUUAAAAUGUCCCCAAAGGGGGUUUUUUGUGUUGUGUUUUUGGGUUUUUGUUUUGUGUGUUAAAAAUGUCCUAACGUGGGUUUGGGGGUGUGUGGUUGUUUUAAAGUCCUAAAGUGGUUGUGUGGGUGGGGUGGUUUUCAGUCCUAACGGGGGGUUUUUGUUUGUUAGUUGUGUGUGGUGUUGUUGUGUUGUUAAAAUGUCCUAAAGUGGUUGUGGUUUUUGGUGUGGUUUUUGUGUGUGUUAAAAUGUCCAAAAAGGUUGGUGUGUGGGGUGAACAUUAAAAAACGGGGGUGUUGGGGGGGGGGUUUUUUUGGUUUGUGGGUGGGGGGUAACAUUUAAGUGGGGGGUUUUUGUGUUUUGGGUUUGUUUGGUGUGUGGGGGGGGUGUUACAUUCCUAACGUGGUUUGGUGUUGUGUUGUGUGUUGUGUUAAAAAUUGGUCCUAAAGUGGUGGGGGUUUUGGGUGGGUGUGUUAACAUGUCCUAAUGGGGUUGUGUGUGUGGUUUUUAACUUCCAAAGUGGUUGUGUGUGGUGUGUGUUAAAAUUCCUAAAAGUGGUUUGGUGUGUUGGGGUGUGUUAACAUUCCUAACGGGUUUGUUUUGGUGUUGGGGGUUUUGUUAACUGUCCUAAAAAGGUUUUGGGGGUGUGUGUGUUAAAAAGUCCUAAAGUGGGUGUGGGGUGUGGGGGGUGUGUGGUUAACAUGUCCUAACGUGGUUUUGGGUGGGGGGGUGUGUUAAAAUGUUAACGGGUUGUUUUUGGGUGGGGGUUUUAAAUGUCCCUAAGGGUGUGGGUGGGUGUGUUGUUAAAAUGUCCUAAGUGGUUUUGGGUUUGGGUGUUGUUUUAACAGUCCUAACGUGGGGUUUGGGUUUGGGGGGGUGUGGUUUAACAUGCCUAACGUGGUUGGUGUGUGUUGGGGGUUAACAGCCCCAAGUGGGUUGGUUUUGUGUGUUUAAAAUGCCUAAGUGGUUGUGUGUGGUGUUUUGUGUGUGUGUUAACAUGUCCUAAGUGGUUGUUUUGUGUGUGGGGGUGUUGUUUAACAUUUAACGUGGUUGGGGGUGGUGGUGUUUGGUUAAAUGUCCAACGUGGUUGUGUGUGUGUGUUGUUAACUGUCCAAGUGGUUUGGGGGGUGGUGUGUUACUGUCCAACGUUGUUGGGGGGUGUGUUGGGGGGUGUGUGUUGUUAAGGGCCUAACGGGUUUUUUGUUGUGUUGUGUUUUGUGGGUUGUUUUUGUGUGUUAAACAUGUCCUAAGUGGGUUUUGGUUUUGUGGGGGUUUUGGGUUAAAAUGUCCUAAAGUGGGUUGUGGGGGGGUGUGUGUUAACAGUCCCCAACGUGGUUUUUUUGUGGGUUUGGGUUUUUGUUGUGUUGGUUUUAACAUGUCCUAACUGGUUUGGGGGUGUGGUGCGUGGUGUUGGUUGGUGUGUGUUGUUAACAGGGGCCAACGUGGUUGUGUGUGUGUGGGUGUGUUAACUUUCCAAGUGUUGUGUGUGUGUGGUGUUUGUUUAAAAUGUCCUAACGUGGUUGUGUGGGGUUUUUUGUGGGUUUUUGGGGGGUGUGGGUUAACAUGUCAAAUGUUUGGUGGGGGUGGUUUUAACAGUCCAACGUGGUUGUGUUGUGUUGGGGUUUACAUUCCUAACGUGGGUUUUGUGUGGUGUGUUUGUUAAAAGUCCUAACGUUUUGUGUUGGUGUGUUAAAAGUCCUAACGUGGUUUGUGUGUUUUGGGGUUUUUUGGGUGUGUGUGGGUGUUUAACGGGCCUAAAAUGGUUGGUGUGUGGGUUUGUUAAAAAUGUCCAAAAUGGGUUUGGGGUUUGUGUGUGGGUUUUGUAAAGUCUACGUGGUUUGUGUGUGGUGGUGUGUUAACAUGUCCUACGUGGUUUGUGGUGUGUGUUAAAAUGUCCUAAAUUGGGUGGUGUGGUGUGUUAAAAAUGUCCCAACGUGGUUGUGUGGUGUGUGUUAACAUUUUCCAAAGUGGUUGUGUGUGUGUGUGGUUUUGUUAAAGUCCUAACUGGUUUUGUGUGUUGUGGUGUGUUAAAAAUGUCCUAAAGUGGUUUUUGGGUGUGUGUUGUGUGUGGUUAACAUGUCCUUAAAGGGUUUUUUGUGUGGUGUGUGUGGGGUUAAAAAUUUCCCCAACGGGUUGUGUGGGUUGUUGGGGUUUAAAAGGGAAAAAUGGUUGUGGUGUUUUGGGUGUGUGUUGGGGUUUAAAUGUUCCAAGUGGUUGUGUGUGUGUGUGUGUGGUUGUUAACAUUUUCCUAACGGUUUUGUGUGGGUGGUUAACAUGUCCUAACGGGGUUUUUUGUGUGGGGGUGUGUGUUAACUGUCUAAGGGGUUGGGGGGUGUGUGUUUUUAAAAUGUCCAAGUGGUUGGGGGUGGGUGUUUGGGGGUUUUUAAAUGUCCUAACUGGUUGGUGUGUGUGGGUGUGUUAAAAAGUCCUAAAAAUGGUUGUGUGUGUUGUGUGUGUGUUUAAAAAGGGCCUAAAAAUGGGGUUGUUGGGGUGUGUUGUGUUUAAAUGUCCCACGGGUUGUGUGGGUGUGUGUUAAAAAUGUCCUAAGUGGUUUGUGGGUGGGGGUUGUGUUUAAAAUGUCCCAAAGUGGUUUUGUGUGGGUUGGGGGUUGGGGGUUAACAUUCCAACUGGUUGGUUGGGUGUUUAACAUUCCUAAAAUGGUUUGGGGUGUUGGUGUGGUUAACUGUCCAAAAAUGGGUGUGUUGGGGGGUGUGUGUGUUAAAUGUCCUAACGUGGUUGUGUGGGGUUUUUUUUUUGUUAACAGUCCUAACGGUUUGGGUGUGUUGUGGUGUGUUAAAAUUUCCAACGUGGUUGUGUGGUGUGUGGUGUGUUUUUAAAAUUCCUAAGUGGUUGUGUGGGGGGUGUGUGUUUAAAUGUUAAUUUGGGGGGUGGGGUGGUUUGUUCCGGGGGUGGUGUUCCCGUCCCCGUGGUUUUGGGGUGGUGUGGGUUUUGCCCCAAAGGGUUGUGGUGUGUGUUGUGUGUUUAACAUUCCUAAAGUGGUUUUUUGGGGUUGGGUUUUGUGUUACAUGUCCCCUUUUUUUGGUGUGUUGUGUGUGGGGGUGUUAAAUGUCCUAACGUGGUUGUGUGUGGUGGGUGUGUGUGUGUUAAAUGCCCAACUGGUUGUUUGUGUGGGGUGUUUGUUGUGUUGUGUGGUUUUGUGUGGUGUUAACAUGUCCUAACUGUUUUUUGGGGUUUUGUUGGUGUUUAAAAGUCCUAAGUGGUUGGGUGGUGGUUUUGUGUUAAAAGUCCCAACGUGGUUGUGUGUGUUGGGGUGGUUAACAUGUCCUAAGUGGGGGUUUGGGGUGGUGUGUGUGUGUUAACAGUCCUAAAUGGUUUGUUGGGGGUUGGGGUGUGUUAAAUUCCUAACUGGUUUUGUGGGGUGUGGGUGUUAACAUGUCCAAGUGGUUGUGUGGUGUGGUGGUUUGUUGGGGUUUUUGUUGUGUUUUGUGUUAACAUUCCCAAGUGGUUGUGUUGUUUUUUUUUUGGGUUUUUUUUUUGUGGGGUUUUUUUUUGUCCUAAAAAUGGUUGUGUGUGUGGGUUGUUUGGGCCCGGGUGUGUUUGGGGGUUGUUGUUUUAAAAUGUCCUAAUGGUUGGGGUGUUUGUGUGUUAAAAAAUGUCCUAACGUGGUUGUUGUGGUUUGGUGUUAACAUUCCUAAAGUGGGUUUUGUGGUGUGGUGUUAACAUUCCUAAGGGUUUUGUGUUUGUUGGUUUUAAAAGUCCCAACGUGGUUGUGUGUUUGGUGUUUAAAUUCCUAAAAGUUUUUUUGUGUUUGUGUGUUUAACAUGUCCUAAAAGUUUUUUUUGUUUUGUUUGGUUAACAUGUCCUAAAAGGGGUUGUGUGUGUGUGUGUUUUAAAAAAUUUCCCAACGUGGUUUGUGGGGUUUUGUGGUGUUUACAGUCCUAACGGGUUGUGUGUUUGGGUGUGUGUUAAAAUGUCCUAAAAGGGUUGUUUUUGGUUUUGUGGUUAACUUUCCUAAGUGGUUGUGGUGUGUUUUGUGUGUGUUAACAUGUUAAAGUGGGUUUUGGGGGUGUGGGUUUGUUUAAAUGUCCAAAGGGGGGGGGGGGUUGGGGGGUGUGUUUUUUUGGGGGGUUGUGGUGUGUUUGAACAGUCCCAAAGUGUUUUGGUGGUGGGUUGUAAAUUUUUUUUGGGGGUUGGGUGGGUUGUGUGUGUUAAAAUGUCCUAAGUGGUUUGUGUGUGUGGGGUGUUAACAUGUCCCAAAUUUUGGGGUUUUUGUGUUAACAGUUUUCCUCGUUUUUGGGGUUUUUUUGGGUUUUUUUUUUUGGUGUGGUUUUAACGUUUAACGUGGGUUUUUUGUGUGUUUUUUUUUUAAAAGUCCUAGUGGUUGUGGUGUGUGGUUUUAAAUUCCUAAAGUGGUUGUGUGUGUGUGUGUGUUUUGGUUUGUUGGGGGUUUUGUGGUGUGGUGUUGGUGGUUUUUUAAAAUUUAAGUGGUUGUGUUGGGUUUUUUGUGUUGUUUAAAAAAAAUUAAAAGGGUUUUUUUUGGGGGGUGUGUGUUUUAAAUUUUCCCAACGGGGGUUUUUGGUUUUUUGUGUGGGGUUUUGGGUUGUGGUUUGUGUGGGGGGUGGGGGGUUUAAAAUGUCCUAAAGUGGGGGUUUGUGUGUGUUGGUUGUGUGUGUUUGGGUUCGUUUUGUGGUGGUGGGGUUUAAAAUGUCCAACGUGGGUUUUUUGUGGGUUUGUGUUUUGGGGUUUUGGGGGUGGUGUUGGUGUGUUAACUGUCCAAGUGGGGUGUGGUGGGGGUGGUGGGUGGGGGUUAACAUGUCCCAAGUGGUUGUGGUGGUGGUGUGUAAAAUGAAAAAAGGUUGGUUGGGGGGUUGGUUUAAAAGUCCCAAUGGGGGGUUUUUUGGGGGGGUUUUUUGUGUAAAAUGUUAAGUGGUUUUGGGGGUGUGGGGGGGUUAAAAGGCAAAAAGGGGGGGUGGGGGGGGUUUUUUGGUUUUAAAGAAAAGGGGGGGGGUUUUUUUUUUGGGGAAAUGCCAAAAGGGGGGUGGGGGGAAAAAGGUGGUGUGUGGGUUUUUGUUUGGUGUGUGUGUGGGGGGGUGUGGGUUUUUGUUGUGUGGUUUGUGGGUUUACAGUCCUAAAUGGUUGGUGUGGUGGGGGGGUUUUAAAUUUAACGUUUUGGGGGGUUUUUGUUGGUUUCAUGUCAAAGGGUUGGGUGUGGGGGGGGUGUUGUUUGUGGUUUUGUGUGUGGGUUGGGGGUGUGUUUUUGGGGUUUUUGUGUGUGUGUGUGUUUAACAGUCCUAACGUGGUUGUGUGGGUUUUUGUUAACAUGUCCUAACGUGGGUUUUUUUGGGGUGUUGUGUGUUAAAGUCCCAAAAUGGUGGGUUUUUGGGUUGUGGGUUUAAAAUGUUUUAAGUGGGUUGGGGGUGUGUGUUGUUUGUUAAAAUGUCCCAAAUUGGGGGUGUGUGGUGUGUGGUUUUAAAUGUCCUAAAGUGGUUUGUGUGGGGUUUUUGGGGGUUCUGUAAAAAAGGGGGGGGUUGGGGGUUUUGGGGGGUGUGUUAAAAGUUAAAGUGGUUGGGUGUGUGUUGUGUUGUUUGUUGUGGUUGUGUGUGUUUGGGGGUGGUGUGUUAACAGUUUUUUGGGGGUUGGUGUUUUGGGGGGUUUUGUGGUUAAAAUUAAGGGGGGUUUUUGUGUGGGUGUGUGGUGUGUUUUAAAAUGCCCAAAGGGUUUGUGUGGUGGUGGUUUCUGUCCUAUGGUUGGUUGUUUUUGUGGUUUGUUGGGGGUUGGGGGGUGGUGUUGUUGUUCCCCUCCCCCCGGUUUUGUGGUGGGUGGUUGGGUUAACAUUCCUAACGUGGUUGUGUUGGGGGUGUGGUUUAAAAAUGUCUUAAAAAAUGGGUUUUGUGUGUGGUGGUUGUGUGUUUUUGUGUUGUGUGUUUGUUGUGGUUGUUUGGGGUGUGGGUGUAAAAGGGGGGGAAAAAAAGGGGUUGGGGUUUUUGUGGGGGGGUGUGGUUUAAAGGAAAAAGGGGGGUGUGUGUGGGUGUUGGAAAAAAGUCCAAAAAGGGGUUUUUGGGGUUGUGGUGUGUUGGGUUGUGGGGGUGUGGGGUUUUGGGGGUUGUUGUGGUUUGUGUUUGUGUGGGGGGUUUGUUUGUUUGUAUGUGGUUGUGUGGGGGGGGUUGGGGGGCCGGAAAUGGGGGGUGUUUGGGGGGUUUUUGUUGUUUUUCCCGGGGUGUUUGGGGGGGGGGUUUUUUUUUUAAAUUUUUUUUUGUGGGGUUGUUUUUCCGGGUGUUUGGGGGGGUGGGUGUUGUGUGUGUUGUUGUUUUGUUUUUUGUUUGUGUUUUGGGGGGUUGGGGUUGGGUUUUAAAGUUAAAAAAAUGGUUUGUGUGUGUUUGGGUGUUUUUAAAUCCAAGGGGUGUGUUUUUGUGUGUGUUACAGUCCAAAUGGUUGUGUGUUUUUGUGGGUGUGUUUUUUGUGUUUUGUUUUUGUUUCCCCCCAAACGGGUUUUUUUUGGUGGUGUUUUAAAAUUUCCCAAGGGGGUUUGUGUGUUGUUUUUUGUUGUUUGAUAAGUGGGUUUUGUUGGUGGGGGUUUUUUACAUUUCCCAAGGGUUGUGUGUGUUUUGUGUGUUUCUGUUCCCCAAAAUGGUGGGGGUGGGGUGGGGUUUAAACAUGUCUGUGGUUUUUGUGUGGGUGGGUGGGUUUUGUGGUGGUGUGGUGUGUGUUGUGUGUUUUGUGGGGUUUGGUGGGUUCGGGUUUGUGUUUUUGUGGGGGGUUGGGGGUGUGUGUGUGUUUGUGUUUGUUAAAAAUGGUUGUGUGUGUGGGUGUUUGUUUUGGGGGGGUGGUGGGGUUUUUGGGUUGGGGUUUUGUUGUGUUGUUUUGUUGUGUUGUUUUGUUGUGUGUGUGUGGUGUUAAAAUUCCCCUUUUGGUUUUUUUUUGUUUGUGGGGGGGGUUUUUGUGGGUUUUUUCUUUCCCCAACGUGGUUUUGUGUGUUUUGGGUGGUUAAAUGCCUAAGUGGUUUUGGGGUUUGUGUGUGUGUUAACAUGUCCUAAGGGUUUUGGUGUGUGUGUUGGUUUUGUGUGUUUGGUUGUUUUGUGUGUGUGGGGGGGUUAAAUUUUCCUAAGGGGGGGGUGGUGUGUGUUUUCCCCUUCCUAACGUGGUUGGGUGUGUGGGGGGUUUUUUUGUGUUGUGGGGGGUUGUUACGUUUUAACUGGUUUUUUGUGUGUGUGUGUGUGUUAACAGGGCCUAAAGGGUGUGGGGGGGGGUUAAAAGAAAAGGGGGGGGGGUGGCGGGGGGGUGGGAAAAGCCAAGGGGGUGGGGGGGGUUUCCUGGGGUGGGGGGAAAGAAAUGGGGGUUUGGGGGGGGGGGGUGGAAAAUGGGGAAGGGGGGGUUUUGGGGGAGGCUUAAGGGGGCCCCAAAAUUUAAAAGGAGCUUUGGUUGGGGGGGGGUGGGGUUUUUUUUUGGGGUUUUUUUAAAAGGGGGACAAUUUAUUUUUUAAAAAUUUUAAAUUUUUUUUUUUAAAAUUUUUAAACCUUUUUGUGGGGUUUUUUUUUGGGGUUUGGGUUGGUUUUUGGGGAAGGGGGGGGUUUGGGUUUUGGGUUUGGGGGGGUUUUUACCUUUGGGGGGGGGGUUUUUCCCCUCCCCUAAAAAAAAAAAAACAGGAAAAAAAAAAAAAACGCCCCCCCCCCCCCCCCCCCCCCCCCCCCCCCCCCCCCCCCCCCUUUCAUUAAACCGGGGAGUUGUGUGUGUUGUUUUUUUUGUUGUGUUUUGUGGGUGGUUUAACAUGUCCUAACGUGGUUGUGUGUGUGUGUGUGUGUGUUGUAACAUGUCCUAAAGUGGUUGUGUGUGUUGUGUGGUAACAUGCCUACGUGGUUGUGUGUGUUGUUUUAACAUGUCUAACGUGUUGUUUGUGUUUUUUUUUUUUUUGUUACAUUCCCUAACGUGGUUUUGUUGGUGUGUGUGUUACUUCCUAACGUGUGUGUGUGUGUGUGUUAACAUGUUCUAACGUGUUGUGUUGUUGUGUGUGUUAACAUGUCCUAACGUGGUGUGUGUGUGUGUGUGUUGUUAGCAUGUCCUAACGUGGUUGUGUGUGUGUGUGUUAACAUGUCCUAACGUGGUUGUGUGUGUGUUGUUAACAUGUCCUAACGUGGUUGUGUGUGUGUGGUGUGUUAACAUGUUCUAACGUGGUUGUGUGUGUGUCCUGCAGGGAAACAUGAGUGUCCUAUAGACGUGUACUUUGCGAUCGACACGUCUGAGACCAUCGCCCUGCAAGAACCUCCCCCUGGAUCACUGGUGGAGAGCAUCAAGGUUCCUCUAUUGAUUGAUUGA